AUGCAAUAUCCAUAUCUUAUUUCCAGGGUGGCAGACCCAAUAUUUGCCAUAAGUAUCGGUAUAGCAUCUUAUUACUCUCAUGAACAAAGAGUUCAACGCCCCGAGGGGCAUUCAUUAAGUGAUUUAAUAAUUAGAAAGUACAGAAGAGUCUUUCCAGCGGACAACAAAGCAUGA